UAAACGAACCAAUCAGAGCUACAGGAGAGUGUCUCACGCUUCACUUGGAGACCACCCCCUACAAUGGAGCUUGCGCUUUUCUCCGUCUCUGCAGCCGUUCUGUUUUCGCUUCACAUACCAGCUUCUCCGCCUUGGAAGUGGGGUCCUUCUUCUUUGUCUCAACUCCCCAAAUCUUGCCAUAGCAAGGGUUGAACGGCGAGGACCGGAAGUGUGCGCAGCAGCGGCGGGUCCCCAGGCAUCGACACCGGAAGUAGCAAGUGCUGCUGAAUUGCGCGCGCUGCGCUAUGGCGGCGAUCCCCCCAGACUCCUGGCAGCCGCCCAAUGUGUACUUGGAGACCAGCAUGGGAAUCAUUGUGCUGGAGUUGUACUGGAAGCAUGCUCCAAAGACCUGUAAGAAUUUUGCAGAGUUGGCACGUCGAGGUUACUACAAUGGCACCAAAUUCCACAGAAUCAUCAAAGACUUCAUGAUCCAGGGAGGUGACCCAACGGGGACAGGUCGAGGUGGUGCAUCUAUCUACGGCAAGCAGUUUGAAGAUGAACUUCAUCCAGACUUGAAAUUCACGGGGGCCGGAAUUCUCGCAAUGGCCAAUGCGGGGCCAGACACCAACGGCAGCCAAUUUUUUGUGACCCUAGCCCCUACCCAGUGGCUUGAUGGCAAACACACCAUUUUCGGCCGUGUGUGCCAGGGUAUAGGAAUGGUGAAUCGAGUAGGAAUGGUGGAAACGAACUCCCAGGACCGCCCUGUGGAUGAUGUGAAGAUCAUUAAGGCAUACCCUUCUGGGUAGGCUUGCUGCUUUCUUGGGCACACUCAGGUCCUCUGAGAUGGCCUCGGUGAACCAGCUUCCAGAUGACCUAGAAUGACACAUACUUAAACUUCAUUUUGGCCUUGCAAAUCACAGAGCUAAGGAGACCUAGGGUCUUGGGUGAGUUAGAGAUGGAAGUAUAUUUUUAUUUUCUUUUAUUUAAAUAAUUUUUCUAAAUUUUAUUUUAGAGAGAGAGAGAGCACGCUCACAAGUGCGGGAGAGGGGCAGAGGGAGGGAGAGAGAGAGAAUCCCAGGCAAGGUCCACACUCAGCGCAGAGCCCAACGUAGGGCUCGAUACAAUGAACCUGGGAUUGUGACCUGAGCCAAAAUCAAGAUCUGGACGCUCAACCACUGAGCCACCCAGGCGCCCCGGAAGUAGAUUUUAAUAGGAUGCUUCUUUUCUCUUCCCCCGGUGCCUCUGUUGACAGAGCAUUCACAGAAAUGCUCAUAAGUAGUCAUUCACAGGGAACUGCCUAUUGCCAAUGAGCCCCUCCUUGGUUGUGUCUGUUCUGAUACACUUGGAACAAACUGCAGCCGGCUCUGUCAUUUCGUGGUGCCUAACCAAACUUCUUCCUGCAGAGAUUUAUAUUCUGGCCUACACCGCAGUCUUCGGUGGCUGACAGCCACAGAAUUCAAAACCAAGUAGUGUCUAUCAGCCUUCUUAACUCCAUGCGCACCCUAUUUCAGUCUCCUACAUUUGUUCUUCCAGGGAAUGUAUGCAUCUCUAUAUAUAUUUUCCCUCUCAAAACCAGAACAUCAACACUGCUGUUUCUGACACUUAGACAUCCCACGCAAAGCCACGUUGGAUUUUUGCCAAAUGAAAAAUGCAUCCAACAAUCAAGUUUCUAAGAAGGUGUCAAGUGG